CCUACGCGACAAAAGUCAUUCAGUCCGUCACGAUGCCUUCUUUCGCAGGUAUUGUACUUUUUACGGUCGCCGUGACCUUUGCGGCCGCGGACAAAUGCCCACCAAUCAGCUCGAUGGCCAACUUUAACGCUUCCGAAAUGACUGGCGUUUGGUACGACAUCGCUCACACACACAGAAGGACCGGACUUAAACUCAAGUGCGACCUGGUCAAGUUCACCUCUGACCCCACUUCGCCCACCAGGCUCGACUUCAACAGCUUCUCCUACAGUUCAGCGACGAAAAGCACAGUGUCUGUUGCUGGAAAAAUUGUCCCUCCUACAAAGAAGAGUGUCCCUGAUGGAACUCUGGCUGUUACCAUUCCGACCUUAAACAUCGAAAAGGCCGAGCUGAAGGUCUUGUCUACUGAUUACAGGUCAUUCGCUGUUUUUUAUGCCUGCCAAGAAUCGGAAAACGGAACCGCCAUGCCCACCGCUCUGAUUCUAACCCGCGAACAAACCCCCAGCUCAAAAUUGAAGCAUGCUGCUUUCAAAGUUUUGGAAAACAUUAAUUUCCCCAAGAAGAGCCUGAGGGAGACGAUUCACACCAGUUGCCACAGCUACGACUUGGCUUCCAAAGUUGAACAGCAAGCGUCCACUCUCGGUCACGCAACAAGCAUGGCGGGAGUCGUUUUGCUGUCAAAGGAGGAUCAUCACAGCACCGGAUUUUCAUCGACUGCCAAGCCUAAAGGUCUGGUCGACAAACUUCAAAAUAUCAAACUCUUCUAAUCUAUAUAUAUUUGAAUUAUAAAAAAUAAAAACUUCCUAAUUUGUUGAUAAAUAAUUUAUUUCCUACAGUAAAAUUGAUAUUCCAGAGGUGAAAAAAACAAUAAAAUUCAUCGAC